AUGGCCAUGUCAGGAAGAUCCGAGGUUGGAGCCGUCCUGCCGAUCUUCUUGGGCGUGGCUUUGCUUUCAUGCGGUGCAGUGUGUGCGUUGCGUGGCCAUCUCGCCAAUCACAUUGCUCGUCCUGGCCUUGCCGACGCUGACCAUACAGUUUUUGACGUUACGGAGUAUGGUGCCAAGUCCGAUGGAAAGACCGAUAAUGUUCAGGCAUUCAUGAAGGCAUGGAAUGCAGCAUGCAAAUCUGGCGGAGCGGCGAGGCUUCUGAUCCCUACAGGAACAUACAUGGCCGGGCAGGUUGAGUUUCAAGGGCCUUGCCAAGGUCCCAUGACGGUUGAAGUUCAGGGAACCAUUAAAGCCCAGACUGAUAUCAGCCAGUAUCCUUCGGCCGAAUGGUUCACCUUCGAAUCAGUGAAUAAUUUAGAAGUGACUGGUGGAGGAACGUUCGAUGGGCAAGGUUCGGCAGCGUGGAAAUACAACAACUGUGGGAGUAAUGCAUACUGCAAGCUGCUCCCAACAUCUUUGAAAUUUACCAAGACCACGAAUGCGGUUGUUCGGGGGAUCACCUCGCUCAAUAGCAAAUCAUUCCACUUCAUGGUUCACAACUGCCAGAACUUCCGGGCGGAGGAUAUACAUAUUACAGCUCCCGGUGACAGCCCGAACACAGACGGCAUCCAUGUAAGUAGGUCUAAUCUGGUGAACAUAACCAACUCUAUCAUUGCCACGGGUGACGACUGCGUAUCAAUUGGGCAAGGAUCUAUCGAUAUCUCCAUCACCGGAGUUACCUGCGGCCCUGGACACGGCAUCAGCAUUGGCAGCCUCGGCAAGUACAAAGAUGAGGAAGAUGUGAAAGGGAUUACAGUGAAGAACUGCACAUUAACCAAAACCACCAACGGUGCAAGGAUCAAAACCUGGCCAGGAUCAAGUCCCAGCACCGCUUCAAGCAUCAGUUUCGAAGACAUUGUCAUGGAUAGUGUUAAAAAUCCCAUUAUCAUAGAUCAGAAGUACUGGUCAAGCUCUAAAAACUCUAAGCCAUCCCAAGUGAAGUUGAGCGACGUAAAAUUCUCCAAUAUAAGGGGGACGUCGGUUUCAGAAGUGGCAGUAUCGCUGGUUUGCAGUGAAGCAGUGCCCUGUGAAGGUGUUCAGUUGCAGGACAUUGAUCUGUCCUACGGUGGCGACAGUGCAAAAACCUCUUCAUGCGAGAAUGUGAAACCCACCGUGGUGGGCACUCUCAACCCGCCAGCUUGCCAGCAGUAG